AACCGCGUCGAAGCGCGAGCUACGCCACCACCACAGAGGGGUUCCCCUUUCCAACAGUGCGCACAGAGCACAGAGGCUGACAGAGGUUUUUUAUGUGUGAAAACUCGGACAACAAACAACGAGGAAGUACCGCAGGGGACCGACUGAACACCUAAACUCACUCUGAACUUUCUGAAAGUGAAAUUACCAGAUUUGGAAGAUUAAAGAGAUCCGUCUUUGCGCCUCUCCUCGUGCGCUCUCACGACGGAUUCAGCUCUCCAAUGCCCAAAGAGUGCAGGAGAAAGACCUCCAAAGACUUCGGACUCUCUGGGACUGGAAUAAACGACGGGGCCCGUACAGAGAGGAGAACAGCCGGAGUGAAAGCAUCCCAAAUCUGCGAUGAUCUCAUUCAGAAAGCCGCUCAAAUCGCCCCGUCGUCCGCAACCGGAGCGCCGACUGUGAUGGAUGCGCGCCGGGUACCGCAGGUCACCAUCACCCCCGAGGGAGGCGGCUCCUCCCGGGAGAUGCAGCAGGAGGAUUGGGAUGAUGCUGUGGACGGUACCCUGCGCAGGAAACUGUCCAACUCCUCCAUCUCCUCCACAGGCUCCUCUGCUGUGGAGUCCGAGGAUGAUUUACUGAGCGACAACGAGAGCAAAAGCAAAGGCAUCAUCACUUUGGAGCAUCUGGUGGACACUGGAGAGAGUAAGCCAUGGUGGAAGUUGAAGACGAUUGUCCACUGGCCCUUCAGCGCUACACAGAGGAGAAAACUGAACUGGGUUCAGCUGGCCGGGCAUAAAGGUAACUUCAAAGCAGCAGAUGAGGGAAACAUCCUGAAGAAGUUCUCAGAAAACGAGAUGUGGUGCUUUGAGAAGCUGAGGGAUGAUGCACUGCUCCCAUUUGUGCCCGGUUACCACGGCACCGUGGAGAAAGAUGGAGAGUCUUUCCUUCAUAUGACUGACCUGCUGGCGAGCUUUGAACUUCCCAAUGUCAUGGACUGCAAGAUGGGAGUGAGGACAUACCUGGAGGAGGAGCUUGUUCGGGCGCGGGAGAGGCCGAAGCCGAGGGAAGACCUGUACAAGAAAAUGGUGGAGGUGGACAGCGAAGGGCCGACUCCCCAGGAGCAUUCCCAACGAGGGGUCACCAAGCCUCGCUACAUGCAGUGGAGGGAGACCAUGAGCUCCACCCACACCCUGGGCUUCAGGAUAGAAGGGAUCAAGAAAUGUGACGGUACGUGUCGGACUGACUUCAAGAAAACCAGGUCGAAGCAGGAUGUCAUCCAGGUGUUCAAGGACUUUGUCGAAGGGAACGUCAGCAUCAUAAAGUCCUACCUGAGGAGACUGACGGAGAUCCGGCAGGCCCUGAAGAUGUCGGAGUUCUUCAAGCAGCACGAGGUCAUUGGCAGCUCUCUCCUCUUUAUCCACGACCACACGAGCAACGCACAGGUCUGGAUCAUUGACUUUGGCAAGACCACAGCGCUACCAGAGGGCCAGACAUUAAAACAUGACAUUCCCUGGCAGGAAGGCAACCGAGAAGACGGAUACCUGUGGGGGCUGGAGAACCUCAUCCACACUCUGGAGUCUGUGAGCGAUGAAGGGACGAGCGGAGAAACGUUUUGCUCUGUGACCAAAGAAAACAGCCAAACUACAGAAACAGAUGGUCAGUGACCUUUGACCUGUAGGUGGGUAAGAGGAAGUCAAACUAUUUUUAAUGGACACCACAGAGAGAGCCUGAGGGGGGUUUCAGAUAUGUUGUUUUGGGUGCUGGAUGAUGAUAAAUGUUGAAAAGAUUGCAGAGAUGCGACAAUAAAGAACAUUUCAAAGAUGAGCCUUAUAAACGCCACUGACAGAAAAUACUCGCUGGACACUGAGCAGAGAGGAGCAGAGGAUUUGUCACUAGUUACUGAACGGUUGAGCAAAUGAAUUGACACUAAUUCAACUUCCUGCAAAAUGAACAGAAGUGAAAGUGUAUGGAUUCUGCAUUUCAGUUUCAGGGACAGGGUGUUACGCGUGACGGAAAUGCUCAUGAAACACGAAUCAAAACAAAGUGAGCAAUCACAAGUCCUCAGUUCUCCUUGUUACCAUGUUACCCUCAGCCCUGAUGUUACAUCUCUGCCCAGCUGCCAGGAGAAAGUGUUGGCAGUGUACGUUCAUGCAAACCAAGAUAUAUUACAUUUGUAUGUUUUAUGUGUAUCAUAUUGAUGUGGGUGGAUUAUGAGACAAUGGGCCACUGGGCACAGAUAUGCAAAGGGCCCCACCACC